AUGGAUACAGAAAAAGAAAGAAAAGGCAAAAAUAGGAGAUCUACUACGGGAGAUAAGUCACGUUUCGAACUCGUUGAUGGUGCAUACGAAAAGAGUAAAAAGAAGAGUCUGCGAUGGGCGGACAAAUCUGUUAAAGAAGUCCUUACGUACAAAAAGAAUAUUUUAGAUAUAGUACCCAGUGGAUUUCCCAAAAAGAAAUAUGUUAAGGAUGAGUCAGCCAAGGUGUCCUUAAUGGAAUAUUACGAGGACGAGAUAGCUGGCGAGAAGGUUAUCAUCAAUAAGCAACUGUUAUAUUCCACUGAUGAUGAUAAAGACAUCACCAUCAUUAUCAGAGACUAUAUAACACCCGAGAAUUUUCUGAAAAAUGUGGAGUACUACAGACAAGUCAACAAAGCUAGAGAAACCUACAUGAGAGCAGCUGCCGUUGCUGGCGAUUGCCUUCAGCGGGGUGAAGUUGAAGGCGAUCGAGAUGGAUGGCUUCUAUACCUUGAUAAAUGCCAAACAGAUAAAAAGAAAUGGCAUAAGAUGUGUGAGAUGAGCCACCUUUUACGAGAGAAAGAAGUUCGAUAUGAGGUGAAAAAGAUUGGAAUCUUUGCCAGAAUUUGGAAACGUUGUGUUGAAGAAUGUCUGGAUAUCUUUCCGUGUUGUUUCCCACCAUGA